AUGGCGAGGGGGGAAGAGCUCCCCAAAGUCUCCCUGUGUGCUUCCAGAAUGUUGAUUCACCCGCAGGCUUCACAGUGGACCAUGUAUAUGAGACCACGGUUUCUCAGACUAUCUGUGGUGAAGGACCAGUUUGCUUCAUCUCCCACACCCCCAUCCACUGUGGACUGUCUAAAGAAAGAAGCAAAGGAGGGUGAGGAGGAAGGGGGUGAGGAACAGGAAGAGGGCCAGGGCAAGGACGGAGAGGAGGAGGAGGUGACCUCACAAGGCCCAUCUCAGUUGGCACCACGCCUGGGACUGCUCAAUAACUUCAGUAACUUCAAGCAGCCUUGUGAUUCAGAAAACGGAAUUCAGAAAAUGGAACGCUCUCUCAUUUUUGAACAGCUUACUGACCCAUGUCCGAGCUGUGACUCAACAUCCUUGGAUAGUGACCAAAACCUCGUCGUCCUGUGCGGGUUGGGGUUGCUUCUUCUGUUCCUGUGGUACCUGGUGCGCUUGCCAUUUUCAUCUAUCUUUGAGGGCAGAGCCAAGAGGAGAAGGAAAGGUGGAACACCAAAAGGUUGGAGAUGUCACCAGACAGAAACAGAGGAGAAAACGCAGCUGAUUUCUAUUCUGAAAAGCACCCUGGGCCGGCACAAUGACAUCACCCGCUUGCGUCAACUCUUAUGUCCAGACCCCUUCUGUGAGGUGUGUAAUAAUGCAACUGCUGAGGUCAGUCGGCUGCUACUCCCAGAGGCCCUGGAAGAUUCUACUUCCUCUGUGUCCCCGUUGGCUUCCACAGCUUCUGUGACUGAGUCAUCGUUUACUCUGUCCCCUGCCUUCUCAACAGUCCCUCCAAGGGACCUAACACCAGCCUCUCAUCUUGAGCCUACCACACUGCCCCCCUCCGUUCUCUCCCCUAACCCAAUGACCCCCUUAGUUGACUCUUUUUCACCCUCCCCAUUGGGUCAUUCUCUGGCACCAGAGCCUUUUCCUUCCUUGGAUUCUAAAUUCCCUGUGGACUACUCCCCACCCCAACCCCUUGCCUUUCCCCGUCUCCUACCACAUGACACUCAGACAGCAGGUCCUGUUCUCCCACGAGAGGCCACUUUGUCUCCGGAUACCGUUUUCUCUCUUGACCCCACCCUUUCCCAAGAUAUCAACCCCUUAUCAGAUUUGUCCCAGGCAAUGAAUCACCCCGAUUCUUUUGCUUGUCAUCAUGCACCACCAGCUCUGUCUGUUUCACCACAGCCAGACUGCACUUUAUCUGUCACUCAAUCUAAAUCAAUUGCCAUCUUACUGAAGCCUGUUCCUGAGAACUCACUUCCAGAAAGCCCUGGUGUAAUGUGCCAGCUAGAGGAAGAUGUGGGGAAAGAUCUGGGACACAGCCUAGAGAAUGGCCCAAAAGAUCACCUGUUGAAUGACCCAAAGAGCUCUUCAGGUAAGGAUCUGGGGUAUGACUCUGAGAAAGACCUAAACAGUCAGAUGGUGAGUCUCUCAGAGAAAAAUUCAAGGGUGUCAGCAAAGAGCCUAAGUUGGAGACAACUUGAAAAUGUCCUAAAAGUACAUUUGAGCAAGAAGUUGGAGGACAUACAUGAGGGUCGGCUCCCUGAGACUGUGCGUAAUUCAUGGCAUGCUAUCAAGCAAACAUUGCUUCUUUCUGUGAAAUCCCACACCCAAACAAAACAGAGAAGAUUGCCAUCAUCAGUGGGUGAGGCAUACGCGAAUACCUUCCAGGACCUGACUUUUGUUGAUUCUAGUCCACAACAGAUGCUGGAAGCCCAUAUUAAAAGGUUUCAUAUGAGGAUGUUGUGGGCCCUUCCCCGCAAGGUCCUUGAAUCCAUACAGAUCUUUAAAUUGAAAGAUGCUUCAUGCCAGUCCUUGUCUCAUGCCAACUUGCCCUCCUCAACCAAUGUGAUUUCUGAGGCAGACUCCAAAUCUGGGAGCUUCAAGUCCUUGAGAGGAAGCUCUGCAUCUCUCCAUGGAGACAAAGUGGGAACAACAAAUUCAGCCCCUGACCUGGAUCGUUCUCUCCCUGCCACCUCACCUGUGGGCAAAGGAGGACAGAGGGUCCUGAGACAACCACGCUCUGAUGUCAACCGUGGGCUGGCAGAGGGUGUUCAGAGAAUUAAGGAUGCCAGACAGACUCGUCUGCCUGUCUCCCUCUGCAUCACAGGGAAAGCAGGUCAUAGACAGACUCAACUAGCCAACAGAUAUCCCCAAAAGCUGCUUGCAAAGCAAGCUGGGGCCAGAUAUGAGCCGAAGCGUAAGAGUGUGAGUUCCAGUGAUAAAGGAGAAAUGCAACAGGGCAAAAAGGUGGAGAAGCCAGAACCUGUUUCAAUGCCCAGAUGGUCUAGGGAGGUAUUCACGGCUGAGGAGCUUGAUACUCUUCAAUUAAAAACUAGUGACAUGUUGGCAACUAGCAAGCCAGGGAGCUCCCAAAUGAUAAAUGUGAAUGAGAAUAAAGUAGAAACUACCGUGACCACUGGAAGCCCCCCACCCAAAUUACCAGUUCCCCAAGAUCCUAAAUCAUUAGACCUUAAAGAACAACUGUUCAGUGAGUUGAACUUUAAACUGGAGAACAGGGAGCAUAGCCAGGCUCAAGGCCAACCCACUGACACAUCCCUUGCUUCAGAUAACUUGACUUACGAGGCCUCACUGACUCAUGCCCAGGGUGUCUCAGGUGGGGACAUGGGAGCUUCCCAGGUGCUGCAUGUCCAUUUGGAGGACAGAGGAAUCAGGAUGGAGCAGCAGCAGGAACCUUGGGUCCCUAAGCAUGCCUUAAGGAGGUGCCAGGAUAAGAAUUUCCCACCAACUGCAAAGAGAGUGAGCCCUCUGGAGCCCAAGGCAGAAGAGCUUGAUCGAGGGGAUAAAGGGUUCGGGACAUCCCAACUUAGGAGGAAGAGUUUCCCUACUCAGGAGAUGGUACUAGAGAAGACACUUGCGAGCAAGUCUUCCCAGAUCCUAUCACAGAAGGGACAGCCUCUUCCUGAAGGCCAUAUCAGAAGAAGAAUGAAGCACUUCUUGCAAUGGCUUUUUUCUGGGAUAAAAUACAAAAGGCAAGAAGAUGCCCAGGAAAAGGGCAGCCCCAUAUCAACUGUGCAGAACAGAGGCCUAGUUAAAAGUAGAGCUGCCUUUACUGGGACCACUGAAGCUCAGAAAAUCGCGACAGGCAUCAGGAAGUUCCUAGAUGAGAAACCGGGGUGUCAGUAUGCAGUGGAUGUCACCUACUCUCAAGAGCCCCUUCCUUCCCCAGUGCAGUUUAGGGAAACUCAGCAAAAGGCGCAAGUGCAGGUCUGGACAGAGCCUGUCCAGGGGCAUCCUUUCAACCACAGGGCUCCCUCCUGUAAACUGAUAAAUAUCAAGUCCUGCCAUCAAGAAGCUAUCUUUGCUGGCCAGAGUUAUCCUCCAAGUAGUACAAGACAGAUCAGAGAUAAGAAGAGACACCGCCAGAAAGUUGUGGCAUUCAAGGACCAGCGACUGUGUCACAAACAUCCCCCACCAGUGUCCCACAGGGAGCCUGUGCCCCAUCCAAGCCCCACCCGCAGGCGUCAAGCUGGCCAGGCACCCACCACUGUGCUCAGCACUGCUGAAGGCCCUGUGUUCAGACAUCUGUCUCUACUGUCUAGACAGAAAACACUGCCCCAGAAUUUCCAGGGAUGAAGACUUCCCAUCCAGAAAUAA